AUGGAGAGUGAAUCAUCGAGUGCCCAAAAUGGCGGGAGAACAACUUGGACCCCUCAAAUGGAUGACAUGUUUAUAGAACUUAUGGUAGAACAAGUGCUUAAUAAACAACUACUGGAUGGCCAAUUUAGCAAAUGUGUAUGGACAAACAUCAUCACUAAAUUCAAAGAAAGCUUUGGUCCUUCUUUUAAUAAGGAUGUUUUGAGAAAUCGCAUGAAAACUUUGAAGAAAAGUUUUAAUGUUGUAAGUAGUAUUAGAGGUCAAAGUGGCUUUGGCUGGAACAAGAAGAAAGAAAUUCCGACUGCACCUGAUGAUGUAUGGGAAAGACAUAUUAAGGCACACCCCGAAUACAAACAAUGGAGAACAAGGUCUCUUCCACACUAUGAUGACCUAGCUAUGAUCUUUGGUGACAGUAGGGCGACUGGACAACAUAGCAGGUUUAGGGAUGAUAAUAACCAGGACAACCAUGAGGUCGAUGAUGACGGGGAUGACAAUACUCAAGAUCAUAAUGAGAAUCCUGAAGAUCAGAAUGAGAAUACGUAUGGAAACGGUAAUAUUAGUGAUGAUAAUACACCUGAACUGCCUAAAACAACAAGAACUUCAAUAGGUUCUAGUUCACGUUCAUUUAGAAAGACAAAAAAGAGCACCGGAGAAGGGAUGGUGGAAGCAAUUCAUUUGAUGGCGAGUGUUGUUAAUAAUAUCGCAACCAAAAAAGAGGAAAACAAAAACUCUUCUCUAGAGAAAAAUGUAGUUGCUGCACUUGAGGAAAUACCUGAAUUGGAUGAUUUUUUGUUCAUGCAAGGUUUAGAUUUACUGGAAGACUAGAAGAAAGCAAAGAUUUUCAUAGCAUUAAGUGGGGACAGGAGAUGAAAUUGGUUAUUUUCAAAGCUUAAGUGGAGACGAAAUUGGUUAUUCCGAUUACUAUUAAAGUGGCAGAAGUGAUUAGGAUGAUGAUUUCAGUUUAAUUAGGUUCAUAUGUUUUGGUUUCAAAAUAAUUAGAUGGAUAUCUUUAGUUGUGUCUAGUUAUUUUUAGUUUCAAAUUUCA